AUGCACCGAACGGAACGCAGCUGCUCCGACGCCGGCCAGCCGGUCGAUGCACGGUCAUGUCGUGGUGCGACUCCAACCGACGUCUUGGAAGAGAAAGGUGUCGGCGCAGCGGCCGUGAGCGUCUCUCGCGUCCAUGCCAAUCCCCGUCGCGCAGUCGUUCCCGAUGGUGAGAGGGCAAAGGCGCUGGAGAAGAGGGUUCUGCGCAAGAUGGACGUCCGUUUGAUACCCACGCUGGCAUUGCUGUAUCUUCUCUCGUUUCUCGAUCGCGGCAACAUUGGCAACGCCAAGAUUGAGGGACUCCAGGAGGACUUGAACAUGACAUCCGACCAGUACAACUGGUGCUUGACCGUCUUCUUCUUCACCUAUGCGGCGUUCGAGGUGCCGAGCAACCUGCUGCUGAGGAGGCUUCGGCCCAGUCGCUGGCUACCCCUGAUCAUGGUCUCGUGGGGUCUCGUCAUGACCCUCAUGGGCAUCGUCCGAAGCUACCGCGGACUCCUCGUCGCCCGUCUGUUCCUCGGCGUGACCGAGGCUGGCCUGUUCCCCGGCGUCGCGUACUAUCUGACCAUGUGGUAUUGCCGGCAUGAGAUCCAGCUUCGCCAGGCGCUGUUCUUCUCCGCCGCUUCCAUCGCCGGCGCCUUUAGCGGCCUGCUCGCGUUUGCCAUCGGCAAGAUGCACGGCGUCGGAGGCCUCGAGGGGUGGCGGUGGAUCUUCAUCCUCGAGGGCAUCGCCACCGUCCUCGUCGCCUUCUUCGCCUUGUUUCUCAUGUACGACUUUCCCGACACCGCGCCGUUUCUGACCGAGGAGGAGCGGGAAUUCGUCCUCCAUCGUCUCAAGUACCAAGGCCAGACGGUCGGCACGACGACGGGGGACGAGGCCGACAGCGGCGCCGAGGACACGAACAUCCGCGUCGGCGAGGCGGACGAGUUUCGGUGGACCUAUGUCCGACAAGCCUUUUGCGACUGGCAGAUUUGGGUCAACAUAUUCGUGUACUGGGGUGUUGUCUGCCCGCUCUAUGGCGUUAGCCUCUUCCUGCCGAGCAUCAUCAAGAGUCUGCACUACAAGGCGAGCACGGCGCAGCUCAUGACGGUGCCCAUCUACAUCACGGCCGCCCUGUUCGCCGUCCUGUUCGCCUACUGCUCCGACCGCGUGGGGAAGCGCAGCCCGUUCAUCAUCGGGCUCAUGGUCGUCAUGAUGGCCGGUUUCGCCAUGUGCAUUUCGUCCACGAGCCCUCGCGUCGUGUACGGCGGCGUCUUUCUUGCCGCCUGCGCCAUCUACCCGGCGUUUCCGGGCAUCAUCGCCUGGCUAUGCAACAACCUGUCAGGCAGCUACAAGAGAGGCGCGGGCAUGGCCAUUCAGAUUGGCGUUGGAAACCUUGGCGGCGCCAUGGCGUCCAAUUUCUAUCGGCAAAAGGACAUCCCGCGAUAUUUUCUGGGGCACGCCUUGGAACUCGGCUUCAUCUUCAUCGGCCUCGUCGCCGCCGUCGGUCUCGUCGUGGCAUACGGCGUCAUCAACAAGAAAAGGCGCCAGGCCGUGCAGGCAGGAUCCCACCACGGCCUGACGGCGGAAGAGCUGUCGAAGCAGGGAGACAAGGCGGUCACCAGAAGACGCAGCAUGCCAAGCCAAAGGCUCCUCUCGACGGCCACGCACCGUUCUCGUCGGUUGACCUCCAUCUCCGUCUGCAAACGGGCCAUGGUUCUGGUUGGGAAUGCAGUCGACGAGCAAAUAGUUGAGGUGCUCCUGGAGGAGGAUGAGGCAGAGGCCAUAUGUGAUGCUGGUCGUCGCCGUCUUGACAAUCAUGCCCUCAACGCGGCCGCAGAGCAGAUGAGCAUGACAGAUGGAUGGGAGGACCGGAUUCGCCAGCAGCUCCUGCAGCUCAUGCAGCUCCUGCAGCUCCUGCAGCUCCUGAAGCUCCCACAGUCUCCUGAUCCCUCACGUGACGUGACGUUGCCAGAGGAGCCCCUCCCCCCUCCUUCAACUCCAACUGCAUCUGGUGGCGAGGUGGUGAGAAUUCUCGGACGACUUGCCAGAGCCAAGCAUCAUCCUGGCUCGAGACAGAGAGCAGCGUUUCCUGCUUCAUUCAAGAACGAAUCGAACAUGGCCGUCCAUGGGGACGCCCCAUCCUCGCCGGACAUGUGGAAGUUCCCCUCACGACGCAGCGUCGUCCACAGCACCGAGGGUAUCGUCGCCUGCUCGCAGCCGCUUGCGGCAAAAUGUGGCCUCGAGGUGCUUCGUGCGGGUGGAAAUGCAGCCGAUGCCGCCGUUGCCGUCGCGGCCGGCCUCAACGUGACGGAACCGUGCUCGACGGGCAUCGGCGGUGACAUGUUCCUCCUCUUCUGGGAUGCCAGCGAGAGGCGUGUCAAGGCCCUGAACGGCUCCGGCCGCUCGGGGGCCGAGUGCACGCUCGAGAGAGUCCGCGCCGACCUCGGAUUCGACCCCAGUGAUGCUGGGAAGCAGAUGCCCCCCCACAGCGUCCACACCGUCACCGUCCCCGGCGCCGCCGCAGGGUGGGUCGAUGCCGUCGAGCGAUUCGGAAGCGGCAGGGUGAGCAUGCAGCAGGUGCUCGGCCCGGCCAUCGAGCUCGGGGAGAAGGGGUUUCCCGUUUCCGAGGUGACGGCACACGACUGGAUGGCGGCCGAGCAGACGCUUCGCGAUGCCUCGCCCAACUUUGCCGAGAUGCUCAAGCGGGAUCCCGCCGCUCCCUCGGGCGUGCGCGCGCCGAGGCCCGGCGAGGUGAUGAGGAACCCGACGCUGGCACGGACGUUUCGCAGCCUCGCCGAGCACGGAAAGCCUGGCUUCUACAGGGGACGCGUCGCCGAGGAGCUCGUCAGGGUCGUGCGCGACCUCGGCGGUCACCUCGAGCUGGCCGAUCUCGAGCACCAUCUCGCCACCGGAAGCGAGCCGGUCGAGCCGAUAUCGCUCAAGUUCCAAGGCCAGGGGCUCGGCCGAGGCGACGGCGUUGAGCUGUGGGAGCACCCCCCCAACGGUCAGGGCGUCGUCGCCCUCAUGGCGCUCGGUAUCAUGCAGGAGAUGGAGAAGCAGGGCAAGAUUCCCGUCUUCGAGGCCGCCGACUUCAACUCGACGCCGUACGUGCAUGCCAUCGUCGAGGCUCUCCGACUCGCCUUUACCGACGCCCAUUGGUUCGUCGCCGAUCCCAACGUCACGGUCGUGCCGACGAGCGGUCUUCUCUCGGCCUCUUACCUCGCCGAGCGCGCGACGCUCUUCGAUCCGGCCAAGGCGGCGGUCCAGCUUCGCCACGGCGACCCUCCCGCCGAGCUCUCUCCGGCGCUUCGCAGCAGCGACACCGUCUACUUCACCGUGACGGACAGCCACGGCAACGCCGCAUCCUUCAUCAACUCCAACUACGCCGGCUUCGGCACCGCCAUCAUCCCUCGGGGCUGCGGCUUCACCCUGCAGAACCGCGGUUCUAACUUCUCGCUCGACGCUCGCCACCCGAAUCGGCUCGAACCACGCAAGCGACCGUAUCACACCAUCAUUCCCGGCAUGGUGACCAACCUGCGCGACGGCGAGCUUCACUCGACUUUUGGCGUCAUGGGAGGCUUCAUGCAGCCCCAGGGCCAUGUUCAGGUCCUUCUAGGACAGCUCAUCGGCGGGCUCAAUCCGCAGCAGGCGCUCGACGCGCCGAGGGUGUGCAUCGUCGCCGGCAUGCCCAGCAUGCCCGACGCCGAGGUCGAGUGGACGGUCCAUGUCGAGGAUGGCAUGCCGGCCGACACGAUUCUCGGUCUCGAAAAACUCGGACACGACGUCGUCUCGACCAAGGGCGCGCAGAGAGGACUGUUCGGUCGGGGGCAGAUCGUUCGGCGCACGCUCGACGCGGUGGAUGGAACCGUCGUUUGGUCGGCCGGCAGCGACAUGAGGGCCGACGGAGCGGCGUAUCCGGCGUAA